UAUGUGUCGCGUGUUCCAGGUGCGUGUUACUAUGACAGCAACCAGUCCAUGUACGUGUUUGGGGGCUGCACUCAGAGCAGCUGCAACGCCGCCUUCAACGACCUCUGGAGACUUGACCUCAACAGCAAGGAGUGGAUCCGGCCACUGGCGUCAGGUUCCUACCCCUCCCCGAAGGCUGGGGCCACUCUGGUGGUGUACCGGGACCUGCUGGUUCUGUUCGGGGGCUGGACCCGGCCCAGCCCGUACCCCCUGCACCAGCCCGAGAGGUUCUUCGAUGAGAUUCACACGUACUCCCCCUCAAAGAACUGGUGGAACUGCAUCGUGACAACUCACGGCCCGCCCCCCAUGGCCGGCCACUCGUCCUCCGUGAUCGGGAGCAGAAUGGUGGUGUUUGGGGGGUCGCUGGGGUCCCGGCAGAUGAGCAACGAGGUCUGGGUGCUGGACCUGGAGCAGUGGUCCUGGUCCAAGCCGGCCGUCGCGGGUCCCGCCCCUCACCCGCGGGGGGGUCAGUCCCAGAUCGUGAUGGACGACGAGACCCUGCUGAUCCUGGGAGGCUGCGGCGGCCCCAACGCGCUGCUGAAGGAUGCCUGGCUGCUGCACAUGGGCGCCUCCCCCUGGUCGUGGCAGCAGCUGCGGGUGGAGAACGAGGAGCACGGCGCCCCGGAGCUCUGGUGCCACCCUGCCUGCCGGGUGGGCCAGUGUGUGGUGGUGUUCAGCCAGGCCCCCAGCGGCCGCGCCCCGCUCAGCCCCAGCCUGAACUCGCGGCCCUCUCCCAUCAGCGCCACGCCCCCCUCGCUGGCACCCGAGCAGCGCGAGCUGCGGCCCCAGUCCCCGGUGCGAGGGCUGGGCGAGGAGAGCCCGGCGCAGGCCGGCUCGCCGGGGACUCCCAGCGCGGUGGAGGGAUACGAGUUUCGGAGCAGGACUGGCACCGACGCCCACCCGCGGGCGCUGGACUACGGCUGGGAUCCCAAGCCGGCGCUCCCAGAGUGCCCCACCCCCGAGCAGACCAACGGGCUGCACACGCCGCCGCCCCAGAGCGCGGCGCGGACGCCCCCGGGCGCGGUGUCCCCCGGCGCGCUGCGGAGGGGCCUGGAGGCCGUCAAGGCCCUCUCCACGGCUCCUUCCUCUUCCUCUUCCUCUCCGCAUGGGGGCGUGGCCACGGCCUCCAGCCCGCCCCCUCCUGCCCCGCCCCCGGCCGCGGUCGACGGACACUCCAUCCCUCCAAUCGCGCGGCGGCUGGGCCACCACCCACCCCAGUCGCUCAACGUGGGCAAGCCGCUGUACCAGAGCCUCAACUGCAAGCCCAUGCAGAUGUACGUCCUGGACAUUUCCCGGGCCAAGGAGAGCGGGAUGGUGGCCUGGAAGGUUUUCGGGGGUGGGAGCAGCUCGGUGGUGGGGCCCCCUGAGACCAGCCUUCACACGGUCGUCCAGGGCAGGGGAGAGCUGAUCAUUUUUGGGGGGCUGAUGGACAAGAAGCAGAACGUGAAGUAUUACCCCAAAACCAACGCCUUGUAUUUUGUGCGCGCCAAGAGAUAAUACAGCCGGAGAGAGACGGACUGACCGACUUGCCCCCAGCGAGCGUUUGGGGGUGUUGGAGGGGGAGCAGUCGCUGACCCCCACUUUCUCUCCGCUUGUUUACGUGCACCACUCCUCCUUCCUCUUCCUCCUGCUGCCUUGUACAAUAAAGGGAGCCCUGUGUGGGGGCAGACCGGACAGAGUCCAGCUCCUAGCUGCUGUGCCCCUCUCCGCCAUCGCCCUGCGCCCCGGUGUGGGGUUCGGGGAGGUGGGGGGAUCACCCUCCCUCUCCCUGUGGGGGCAGGUGGGGUCUCAUGGCGGUGGGCAUCUGCUCUGUCCCUCUGCAGACCGGCAGGAGGGGCGGGGGCUGAGUUCUGGGAUGGGUGGGUGGGGGGGGGGUAAUUGUUCUCUCUCUGUUUACAAUGAAGGUUUGACCGCGCGUGCGUGUGUGUGUGCGUGUGUGCGCGCGCGCAUGAGUGUGUCUUUAUGGGCCCAGGUCUGGGCUCUGAGGGAGUGUCAGGUGGAGAAGUGGGAGGGGUGUUCUGGAGCGAGGAGGGGAGGUUGGUAUGGUUUGCAACACGGAAGUGAAGAAGAUGAAAUGGCGAUGUGACCUGGAGGUUUCUGGGAGUGUGAUGGGAGGGCAGACACCCCUCUGUUGCAGUAUGGGGGUGCAGUGGGAGGAGGGGAGAUCCUGAGGCGUCUCCAAGUGAUCCUGUUUCCUGGGGGUAUCUUUGCUGCCUUGUGUUUCAGCUGGUGAUGUGACCAAGAUUACAUAAAUAAAAACUCAUGAAGGAUUAAAACCACGGUCACCGUUCUGAUCAAGUGUGAUUUCAAGCAGUGUCGCUGUGGCGUGGGCGAGCCAGGUCCACUGGGGACAGCGUGUUAAACACAAGUAGCUGUGUUAAGUGAUGGUGGGGGCUGGCGAGGCCAGUGAAGGCUGGGAACUGUCCAAUGAGACUAACAGCACAUGCCCGACUUCUGUACACACAGGCUCCCAGGGGCAUGCUGGGACAAAGUGGAGCAUCAGAGGCUACGGCCAGCAGGGGCCUGUCGGAUCACCUCGCUCCCUGCGCCAGUUAGGCUGAGCGAUCCCAGGACCUGAUGUACCUGCUUCUUGAUGGGUCCCCUGGGUGCAAACUUUAAGAGUAUCUGGGCAGCUUGUUCCAGACUCCUACUGCUCUUAGUGUAAAGACGUGCCUUCUGUUUUGGGUUGGUGGCUAGGGCAAUUGAUCACAUAUGGCAUUGUGUAAUGCUCAGUUAAUAAACAGUGAAAUAAAUCUGUAAUAAAUUUUGCUUGUUUUUGGUUAAUGGCUGCAGACUGAAGAAUGUCAGUCUGUUAAUUAAAGACUUUAACGAGGGGUGAAUCCUUAACGAUCCUCUGUCUGCGUAGCCUGUUAUGCGAAGCUGCCUGAACACUUGCCUAGUGUGUCGGUCAGGAAGCCUGUUAGGACAGCAGCAGUUCAGGAGGGGAGGGGGCCUUGUGACCCCUCCUGUUCGUCUGGCUGCAAGAAGCUCAAUGACCCAAGAGUCCCGUCAGCCUGAUCUGUAAAGGGCUCCACAGAAUCGGCUCCAGAGACCCGUUUAGGGAGCUGGUUCAAGACUCCCACAGCUCUCUGUGUAAAGUGCCUCUUGUUUUCUGUCCUGCGCUCAUAUCCCUGAGCUCCUGCUGUUGCUGGUUGGAGGAGGUGCUGAGGUGGCUGUGAACAUCUGCUCCCCAGGGGAGGUCAGGUGUUUCAGCUGCUUGUUGUGACAGUUUCAUGUCCUAGUUUUUAGUUGCCUGAGCCUGUACCCUCAUUUAACACUUUGUGGUUUUGAAGCCUGUUUUUUUCUUGUUGAUUUCUGCAUGCUCUUCUGCCGCGGUCUCUCCUGUGGUAAGGGGGAGGGGGGGGUUCCCCGCUGCGGUGGCGCCCCCCAGCCUGCCCUGCAGCAGCGCGGGCCCUGGGCACCUGGGUGCACGGAACCUGCCAGGGGCCAGCCUGUGCCCGGCGCUCUGAUCGGCGCGGUCUCUCUCCGCUGCUGUAUCUGCGUAAGGGUUCGGGACGGUGCCAACACACCAGGCCGACUCGGAAACCCCAGCCCAGUCCGCCCUGUCCACUCGGGACAGGCAGUCGUGCCGCAGUCCCUCUCUGUGCCAGGAGUGUCAGGGAUGGCCCUGCCUCUCCAAGCAUAGAAGGGUCCCUGUGUUAACAGGUUCAUCUGUGUUAACAGAUUUGUAUUUGGGUCUCUCUGCUCACUUGGCAUCACUGCUUUGGGAUUCAUAGAUGAUGGUGCCUGAAUGUCCUGAAAAAUGAUUUAUCUCCACCUGUAUCUGUCCCCUUGUCCCCUCCCCCUGUUACCUGUCCCUGCCCUUCCUCUCCCCUUGUCCCUGCCUCUUCCUCUCCCCCUGUCCCCUGUCCCCUGUCCCUGCCUCUUCCUCUCCCCUUGUCCCCAGUCCACGUACAUUCAGCUGUCUGCCCUGUUAAUGGGAGUGAAGUGCAGUUUGUGACUUGGGCAGUUUUUAAGUGUUACUGGUCAGAAGUGUUGUUGGCCGGGCCGUAUUCAUAUCAUCCUUGGUUGGUUGUUAAUGGUUUUUUUUUUCAUUAAAAGUAUCUUUUUAAUUAA